AUGGAGUCUCAAACCGAGGGCCUUGAUAAUCAAUCAGAAAGGUCCCCAAACAAAUCAAUCGACCCGAAGAAAGAAUACAAAUCAAACCAAGGCAAAGGCCGCUUCCGCUUCAAAAGCAGCUCGUCCCGCGACAAAGACCACUCUCGAAGCUCCCAUUCAUCCCGCUCAAAAAGACACCAUCGGAGUCACAGCCCAAGACACAGCUCCCGCCCCUCCAAAAGGCGCCACAGGGACCAUUCUCCGUGCCCAAAAGAUGAAAGCAACCCCGGCAUCUCUCCCAGCGUCGCAUUUCGCGAAUCUCUCUUCGAUGCGCUAGGCGAUGACGAAGGCGCUGCAUACUGGCAAAGCGUCUAUGGCCAACCGAUCCACACCUACGCCGUCCCAGAGGUCGAAGGACCCGAUGGGGAGUUGGAGCGUAUGGACGACGAGGAAUACGCUGCCUAUGUGCGCGCGAGGAUGUGGGAACGGACUCGCGAGGGUAUGCUGGAGGAACAGGAGAGACUGAGGGAGGAGAGGAGGAGGGCUAAGAUGAACGAGCAGCGGGGUCGGGGGAGGGAUGAGGAGAGAAGGGCCUUUGAGAAGGCCAUGGAGGACAGGGGAGCGGAGAGGAAGAAGAGAAAGGUUUGGGAAGAGGCCUGGAAGGCUUAUUUGGCUAGUUGGGAGGAGAUCGCGAGGGUUGUCAAGGGCUCUGAGGCUUCUGAGUCUAAGGAUGCUUCAGUGAAGCCGUUGAGGAAUCUUUUAUUCUGGCCUGUUGAGUCUGGCAAACGUCGGGAUGUGAAUCCUGGUUCUGUUCAGGACUUUAUGCGCCAUGUGCCUGGCGGGGAUCUUUCGGCGACGCUUAAGGUUGAGCGUGUGCGUUGGCAUCCGGAUAAGAUGCAGCAUCGGUACGGUGCUCUGGGCAUUGAUGAGGUGGUUUUGCGAAGUGUGACCGAGGUGUUUCAGAUUAUCGAUCGCAUGUGGAACGAAGAGCGGCGGUGA